AUGACAAUGUUACAGCAGUGGCCCCUUUCCGUUUCGGAAUCGGCCUUUAUCGCCGUCAUCAUAGUAAGCAGUCUUUCUGUCCAUCUCUUCCAUCGAACAUGUGCAUCUAACACGCAACAGCUUGGUCUUUACUAUGUUAUAGAAAAUACUCUUCUCAGCCCGCUGCGCUUCCCGGGACCUCUGUCAGCCAAGCUGUCCUCCUUCUGGAUCGUGCUGCAGUGUCGCCGCGCUCGUCGAACGGAGGCAGUGUUGGACCUACACCGAAAGCACGGCGACUUUGUUCGCAUUGCCCCGAAUCAUGUGUCCAUUGCCGACCCGAGGGCACUGCGUGAUAUCUACGGCCACAACACCGGUUUCACCAAGGGUCCCUUUUACGAGGCCUUCCACCAGGUUGACCCAGUCCUCUUCAACAUGCGUGGUCUCGAGGCACACCAAAAACGACGAAAGCUGAUUAACCCGGCCUUUUCACCGGCAAACUUGAGGGCUUUUGAGCCAGAAUCGACUUUAGCUUAUACGGUUAGUCUUGUUGAUUUACUGUAUUUAUUCGAUUGUGCAACUCUAAUUGGACAAGCAAACUUUCUUGCCUUUGACGUCAUUGGCGACUACGCCUUUGGCCGUACGUUUGGCUUCUUAGACCGCGGAUACGACCACUUGAAUUUGAUCGAAUCCAUCGAUUUGCGCGGCGAGGUAGUCAACGCGCUCGGCCACCUGCCACCGUGGUGCCAGCCGCUGAUGAAGUACAAUGUCUUUGACGGCUUCUGGUACCGCGGCACCAAAGCGCUGGCUCAUCUGGCCUCAAUCGGCCGCGAGGCCUACUUUAUGCGCAAGGCCGCCGUGUAUGAGCAGCGCAAAGAUCUGCUCAGCUUCCUGCUGAACUCCAAGACGGUCCAGAUGACCGGCGUGCUGUCAGAAAGAACGAUCAUUGCAGAGUCUAUCAGUUUCAUUGUCGGUGGCAGCGAUACAACCAGCAGCAGCAUGACGCAUUUUGUCGACUUUGUGUCGCGCGAUCCCCGCCUGCAGCACCGCCUGCAGGAGGAGCUUGAUGCAGCCUUCCCGGCGGCCGAGGCCGACGCCAACGAGGAUUGGGUUGCCGACUUUGGUGUUGCCGAAAAGCUACCUGUCCUUAUGGCUACGAUCCGAGAGACGAUGCGGCUGCGGCCAACAAGCGCAACAGGUUUGGAACGGAUCACACCAGCGGGUGGACGGACCAUAGCCAACGUGGUCAUUCCUGCCGGAACACUUGUCAGCGUGCCUACCAGAAGCAUCAUGCAAGAUGCUCGCAUAUUCAAGGACCCGGCCGAGUUCAAUGUAGACCGCUGGCUGCAAGCAGACUCCGCGCAGCUGCUGGAGUAUUUUAACCCCUUUUCGCUUGGGCCUCGUUCGUGCAUUGGCAGAAACUUCGCUUGGAUGGAGGUCAUCAAGACACUGGCCACACUUUUUCGUGUCUUUGAGUUUAUCAGAACACGUAGCGGGCUUACCGAGCUACGCGAGGGCUUCUUUGUAAAGGCAAAAGAGUGCACAGUGCGCAUUUCGCGACGGGCAGCCACGACGGCUGAAUGA